GCAAAGGCGAUCCCAAUGGAUUCACUAAUUUGAAGAAAGUGGAAGGUCACCGUUUGCUGCUUUAUCGUACAGAAUGUCAAUCAAUACAAAGAAAAUGACUCAGAAGACAAAGCCAUGUGGCUUCCAAAGCUUUCAUCUUCACUCACUAAAAGUAGCAUUUUCUAUGAUGUAUACUAUGCUUCCCCCACCUUAUCACUACAUAAACCUUCUUGUUCAUUGGAUCUUUUUCAGCCCUAAUACUUAUCCCUCACCAUCAAACUGCCAUUAGUUAGCAUUUGAUUCAUAGAAAGGAAUUAGAAAUCAAGAUCAUUGUCAACCCGGACCUUCGUUGUCCAAAAGUUGUAGUUUACUUUUCUCAGAGUCGACUCAUGGCCUUGGUGCCUGGCCUUCUCCAACAACCACUGUCCAAGGUGGAAAGUUGACAACCGUUGAGAUUAUGUUUAGAGAUAAGAUUUGAUAACCACAAAGAAUAUUCUAAAGGAUCUGCUAAUCCUGUAGUAUGAUUCUCAAUCAUGGACUGCCUACCCACAUCAACCGAGAUGGAAGCUCGCAAUCCCUCCCUAAUCCCACACGACUUCGAUCCUUCCAGUGGAGAACUAGAUCAUGGUAUUGAACUUGGCAUACCAAUGCCAAGGACAGCUAAAGAUUCAAAUGCAGAAGUAUCCAUUCCAGUACUUGACACAGUAAGGUCAUACGGAUUUUGUAAAUGCCUCAAUAAUUAGAACUAAUGAUAUGAGUUGAAGCUUCGGUUGUACAUUAUACUUUCAAAAAGUUCUCAAAGUUCAUGGAGUGAUAGUGAUGCCAUUGAAUAGGCAUCGCCAACCUGGUUGAACUGGACAUCAUCCUAUCUCUAAAAAGUGAUAGUUAAGAUAUUUUCGCACCUAGUUCGUCACAGCUUCUACUUUUCUAAAUCCACAUGACGAUCGACACCAGCAUUUAUUAUAUGUCCUGGAAGCAUAAAUUCUUGAUGAUGCUUACGAAAAUCCAUUAUCAAAGCAUUUAGUAGCUGGGUUUUAAAGUGUUCAAAGGACCAUUAAAUCGAUAGAAAGAACAAAAUUUCACACUCGAGCAUCUAACUCUUGCAAAAAGUUUCGAUAAUGAGUACUAUUCAUGACUCUUCAUGGAGAUACUGUCUGCAGAUGCAUAAUUUAGCUGGGUCACUGCUUUCUUCAAACUGAGGGACCCUUGAGUGAACCAAAUGAACCCACAAAGACUGGUUGGCUAGUUGGCAGGGGAUUAAAAAAAACAAAUACAAAUCCGAAAAAGCAAGAACCUAAAGAAGCAGUCCAAGUUCAGUGCUUAAGCAAGUAAACUAAAAAUGGAACUUAAAUUUUUUCUUUAAUUGAAGACAUACUACAUGUUGCCAAGAACAUGCCCAACAUCAAUAAUUUAGUGCUUUUUUUUGCAUUAGAGGCUCAAGGAUUCCCAAGUUGCCAUUCCUUUUUCUAUUUUUCGUUUCUACCAUUUGUGCAAGCAAAUGGUAGGCCAUUGUGUUUUGCACUAAACAAGGCAAACCAUGUGAGAUAUUGCCAAUUUCUUCACCUGCUAUGUUUUCCCCCCCUAUUCUUACCUUUCUACUUAUCCAUGACAAAAAUUCUAUAUAUAAAUACAUAAACACUCACUCAGUGACUCAAAGCUCACUAACAAGUACCAUAACAAGUCCUUUCAAGUCCAGUUCAAAAGGCAAUUCAAAAACAGGGCCUCUUCUUUCUUCUAAUCCUACAGAGAUGGGAAUCCAUUUGACAGGAAUAGCAAACGCAAAGCAAAAGCUACAGAGAACACUUUCGGAGAAAUACGGGAUUGGAUCGGCGGUCACGAAUGUUCCUAAAGGGCAUUUCGCAGUGUACGUAGGAGAAACAAGGAAGAAGAGAUUUGUAAUUCCGAUAUCGUACCUGAAUCAUCCAUUGUUCAAGGAUUUGCUGAACCUGGCGGAAGAGGAAUUUGGAUUCGAUCAUCCAAUGGGCGGCCUCACGAUUCCUUGCAGCGAAGACUACUUCAUUAGCUUAACUUCAUCCCUAAAUUGUUCAUAAAUUCGCAAGCUCCUUCUUCUUCUGCCCUAAUUUGACAUUUUCUUGCUUCGAUUCUGUGUUUUUAGUCAGAGAAUUGAAAUCGAGAGAUUCAAUCAAAGUUGGUCUCUGUGAAUUUUGUAUCAAUUUUUUUUUUAAGAAAUUUUUUUCAUCGUCAUUCAUUGUU